UCAACAGACACUGAUCAAAACACUGGGGACGUUUCUUCCUUUUUCCUUCAUUUAAAAAACAAACAAAUAUAUAUAAAUAUAUAUAUAUAGCAACUUCACCUGAAAGUUUAAGAAUAAAGAUGUAUUUUAGUUGUAAAAGUUACUGAACGAGCCGUCACUGUUGCUGCUCAUUUACCUGCCGACCUUCCACUUGUCCAGCAUGGAUGCUGAGGGCCCCCAGGCGCUCUGCGACCUCUGCCUGGCUCAGGUGUGCUGCAGUUUGGAUGCUCUGUGCAGCCAGCGAGCAGACGGCUCCCUGAGUCUCAUCCGGGCCCCCCCUUUCCCCCAGGAACUGGCUGACCAACUACUGCAGAGGAUGGUGACUACAGGGAUACUGAAUGACACAACUGUUGGGAUUUUCCGCAACUGCAAAGAGCUCCGCCUGCGCCGAGCCUCCAUCCGCCGCUGUCCCGUGUCGCCGGCGGCUUUCCACUUGGCUCUCUGCCCUCACCGACUGCUGGAGCUGGACGUGUCCUGGGUCUCUGGGGGUCUGACCGUGGCUCACGUCAUCCGGGGCCUGGCCCUCAGCCCCGAGUGCAGGUCCUCGGUGCAGAGGUUGUCCCUGAGCGGUUUACUGACGGACUGGGGGUCCGUGGAGGAGGAGAGCAUUGGCUUCAGCUCCCUGCAGAGUCUCAGAACGCUCCAGGUCUCCAACACAGACCUGAGUGAUGAAAUCCUCCAAGACAUCUGUUCUCUCCCUCACCUAGAAACCCUGGAUAUCUCCUGCAGCCCCGUCUCGACACUGACCGCGCUGCUCCAGUGCAAAAACACCCUGAGAUCACUAAUCGCCCACCGGCUGCGGCAGCUGGACACGUCGCCCGCCGGGCUGCUGUCAGUCUUCGGCCAGCUCCACGCCCUCAGACAUUUGGACUUUUCAGACGAUCACUUUGCCACCGACGACAGUGACGGCAGAGAUGGAGACGAGGCGGUGCGGCAGCUUCUUGAGGGAAGUCCUCAGGUCCUCCCUUCGCUCGUCUCUCUUGAUAUAUCGGGCCGGAAAACGGUGGGGGAAGCUGCCCUCACCGCCUUCCUGGAGUCCAGGGCUGGACUCGUCUUCCUGGGCCUGCUGGCUACGGGGCUCAGCUCCUGUCACAUCCUCGCUUCACAAAAAACCCUAAAAGUUACCGGAGGGGCUAACGAGGACCAGGUGUGUGAGGCCCUCAGGAGGUACAGAGAACGGGAGUGUUUGGUCCGAGAGGCCCUCGUCCAUCUCUACAGCCUAACCGCCGACGCUGGCCGACCGCAGCCAGACGUGCUGAAGCUGGUGGUGAGUGUGAUGCAGAGCCACCCGUCUUCCCUGCACGUGAACCUGGUGGCCACCGCCUGUGUCUUCAACCUGACCACCCACGACCUGGCGGAGGCCAUGCCGGUCGGCCUGAUGAGCUCCACCGUCACCAGCCUGCUGCACGCCAUGAAGAGCUUCCCCGCCCACCAGCAGGUGCAGAAGAACUGCCUGCUGGCGCUUUGCAGCGACUACAUCCUCCUAGAUUUCCCAUUCGACAAAUUCAGGUAUUUAGCGGCCACGCUGGUGAUUGACUUGCUGAGCAACCAUGAGGAUCUGACCCUGCAGAGGAUGGCGGUGGCCGUCAUUUCCAUUCUGAUGGCAAAGCUGUCCACAGAGGAGAUCGCUCAGCUCAGCAAUGGCAUCUUUUUUAUGAAGCAGCUGCUGGCCAUCGUGCAGCAGAAAGCCAUGCUGGGCGUGGUGGACUCCACCCUGAAGUUUGCCCUGAGGACUCUGUGGAACCUGACGGACGACAUGCCCAGCGCAGCCCACACCUUCAUCCAGUGCCAGGGGCUGGAGCUGUACGAGGAGGUUCUGGAGUCCUACUAUAAUGAACCCUCUAUUCAGCAGAAAAUUCUUGGUCUUUUGAACAACCUAGCGGAGGUGGAGGAGCUGCAGGCUGAGCUGAUGGAUGAGGACCUGUUGGAGCACGUGCUCCAUCUGCUGCAGGAUUCCCAGGUGGAGAUGGGAGUCCGCUACUUCGCAGGAGGAAUUCUGGCACAGCUCGCCUCCAGAGCAGAGGCCUGGACCCUCGACGAGGAGCUCCGCUCCACCAUACUGACGCAGCUGCAUGAGACGAUAAUAACAUGGACCCAUCUCGAGAGGGAAAUGGUGUCUUACAGGUCGUUCCGUCCGUUCCGGCCUCUGCUCCAGACGGGUCAGCCGUCGGGAGUGCAGCUGUGGGCGGUCUGGGCCAUACAUCUGCUCUGCAGCCAAAACACUUCACAUUACAGCGGGAUGCUGGAGGAGGGAGGUCUGACUGAACUCCUGCAGGCUCUGGCCGCUCACCCCGACACUCACCCAGACAUCAGAACUAAAUCACUCAGCAUCCUGUCUCUGGUGGGACAUCAGCCGGGCCCCCCAGGAGCCCUCAGCCACGACACACAACCUCAACACUCCUGACAAAUAUGUGAAGAAAUCUGUUUGAUCUGAGCUGAUGUUUUCCUCAGGAGAUUCUGAAAUGUGCUAGACAUAAAGAUGCAAAUGAGGCUGAUGCAGUUGGAAAGUGCAGAAGCUCCAUGUCAGCCAAUGUAGAAUUGAUGUUUAGUACAAUAAGUGAUGUAUUUUAUACUUUAUGUGACAAACAUGAUUUCUUGUUGUAUUAACUUGUUUUUGUCUUUUGGGAGUUUAGUUUGGAAACCACUUUUGUUAUUUAUGGGCAGGCUGGAGAUGAGAUGAGUAACAUUUGUAUCGUAUUAGCCUCUAAUAAACUAAGGCUGCAGCUUGUUGUCAGUUCUGAGCUCUGCCACUAGAGGGCGUGUGGAGGCUUCCCUGCCUGUGGGUACAAGAGUAUUUAAAAAUCAUAUACCAUACAUGAA